GACGCUGCUCUGAUUGGUCGGUUGAGAGACUUUUCCUGCUACGCACGCGCCGGCGGUUGGCUGCAGCCUGCGGAGUCAGUUAGCGGAUGGUGCUGGGGACUUCUCAUAUGUCACUGUAAAGACCAAAGGGUUUUUUAAAAUUUGUGUCUUACGUCCAAAGUGUCAGAUAUUCACACGUAAACCAUGGCUUCAUCUUCCAACGCUACAACGUCAAGCCCUGCGCUAAACGGACAGGGGAACAAGCGGAACGUGGCUCUCAUCACCGGCAUCACUGGGCAGGAUGGAUCAUACUUGGCUGAGUUUCUACUCCAAAAAGGCUAUGAGGUCCAUGGCAUCAUUCGCCGUUCCAGCUCCUUUAACACUGGUCGCAUUGAACAUCUUUACCAGAACCCCCAGACACACACAGAAGGCAACAUGAAACUGCACUAUGGUGACCUCACGGACAGCACAUGUCUUGUGAAGAUCAUGAACCAGGUGAAGCCCUCAGAAGUCUACAACCUGGGAGCACAAAGCCACGUCAAGGUGUCCUUCGAGUUGGCUGAGUACACGGCGAAUGUGGAUGGGGUCGGCACACUCCGGCUCCUAGAUGCCAUCCAGACGUGUGGGCUGACCACCAGCGUGCGCUUCUACCAGGCCUCCACCAGCGAGCUGUACGGCAAAGUGCAGGAGAUCCCCCAAAAAGAGACCACGCCCUUCUACCCCCGCUCACCUUAUGGUGCUGCUAAACUCUAUGCCUAUUGGAUUGUGGUGAACUUCCGAGAAGCUUACAACAUGUUUGCUGUCAACGGGAUCCUCUUUAACCAUGAGAGCCCACGGAGAGGUUCAAACUUUGUGACUCGUAAAAUCAGUCGAUCCGUGGCAAAGAUCCACCUCGGCCAACUGGAGAGCUUCCAUCUGGGCAACCUGGACUCCAAGAGGGACUGGGGCCACGCCAAGGACUAUGUGGAGGCCAUGUGGCUCAUGCUGCAGCAGGAGGAGCCGGAGGAUCUGGUCAUUUCCACAGGGGAGGUGCACAGCGUCAGGGAGUUUGUGGAGCGCGCCUUUUCACAUGUGGGGAAGACUAUUGUGUGGGAGGGCAAAGAUGAGCAGGAGGUGGGUCGUUGCCAGGAGACCGGAGUGGUGCAUGUGAAAGUAGACCCCAAAUUCUUUCGUCCUGCUGAAGUGGACUUUCUUCAAGGGGACAGCUCCAAAGCCUAUCAGAAGUUCGGAUGGAAGCCGCGGGUCACUUUUGAGGAUUUGGUGAAGGAGAUGGUGGAAGCAGACAUCGAGCUCAUGAAGAACAACCCCAACGCCUGAGCGCCAUCCGCACAACUGUACCAUGUGACACUCCAGAGGUGACCUUUGACCCCAGAGCAGGGUUCAUUACAUUUCCAAAUUAAGUCAAUGUGUCUUUUUACUCUAACACAAUGCAACUGUUUUGUGCCAUCUCCUGAUUUUUCCCUAUGUUUUAUUUAUAGAAUUGAUUUAAUGAGUAUUUAUGUUUUGUUUAUUCUUGUUUUAAGUCACUUUUGUGGCCUUUGUGUUUUCAUUUCAUCAAGAAGGAACAUAUAACGUCUAAUGUAAAAUAUAAAGUGGAAUCGUGCAACUGUUAAAGAAAUGAAGGUUUUUGCAACUGACCAAAUUUGAUACAAAUAAAAAUGCCUU